AUGGUAGAGGAGGAAGUUAGAAAGCGGGCGACCGAAAAGGAAAAGAAGCCCGACCAGCCUGAGAAAAAGAGGCGAAAGAAGAAGAGAAAGGAGCUUGUUUAUCGAGGGCCGGAAACAUGGAAGGUUGUGCUGACAAUGGCGAUUAUUGGUGGUGCUUAUUGGUUGUGGGUUAAUGUUAUCAACAAAGAAAUAAAAACACUUGCAUCAGUGGCGAACGACGAUGUCUACGUAUACAAGGAAGUUAAAUGCUCACCAGAGCAUGCUGAAAAGCCGCAAGUGAAAAGAUGCACUCCAACAAAAUGCGGCCGUCUAGUGCUCGACGGACUUUUGGCUCCUCGUGAAAUCGAAGUGCUCAAUCGACUUGCGAUCGAAGGAACUCAAGCUCUUGGAGGUGGUGCUGGAGGAGCGUCGAUCCUCGAGCUCUCUUCUUCCACCGUCUCCUCGGGUGAAAAAUUCCAAAGCCUCUUCCAGCUGCGCGAAGCAUCCGUAAAGAGCGACAACGACAAAUUCCGAAUCAUGGUCGAGCGGCUCUACUCGCGCGACAACCUCGGUGUUUACAACUCUGCCAAAGAAAAAGUCAAGCAGGCGAUUGAAAAUGCUUUUGGCUUGGAAAGCGGCGUCCUGUCACUUGCUUCCCCUACCUUUUUCUCGCAGGAAUUUGCUCUUAACAAUAGACUGUUAAAUUGA